AUGGCCACCCACCGCUGCACACGGAAGCCUUUGCUGGCACCCGAAGUCUCUAGAAUGGUUUGGAAGCAUCUGGUCCUCUUCUUCCUUUGGCUACCGUCGCUCGUCUGGGGUGGAGCCUCCCCCACCUCUUGCCCGGCAGCCUGUUCCUGCAGCAACCAAGCCAGCCGGGUCAUCUGUACGCGGCGGGAGUUGGUGGAGGUGCCUGAGAGCAUUUCUAUCAACACGCGGUACCUCAACCUGCAGGAGAACAACAUCCAGGUUAUAAAGACUGACACUUUCAAGCACCUUCGCCAUCUUGAGAUUUUGCAGCUCAGCAAGAACCUUAUCCGUAAGAUUGAGGUAGGAGCCUUCAAUGGUUUGCCCAACCUCAACACACUGGAGCUCUUUGACAACCGGCUGACCACCGUUCCCACUCAGGCCUUUGAAUAUCUCUCCAAAUUGAGGGAGCUGUGGCUGAGGAACAACCCCAUCGAAAGCAUCCCUUCCUAUGCCUUCAACCGAGUCCCUUCCUUGCGCCGUCUGGACCUUGGAGAACUCAAGAAGCUGGAGUACAUCUCAGAGGCAGCUUUUGAAGGCUUGGUCAAUUUGCGCUACCUGAACCUGGGCAUGUGCAACCUUAAGGACAUCCCAAACUUGACAGCCUUAGUAAGGCUGGAGGAACUAGAGCUAUCUGGGAAUCGCCUGGAUAUGAUCAGGCCAGGUUCCUUCCAAGGGCUGACCAGCCUGCGCAAGUUGUGGUUGAUGCAUGCUCAGGUGGCCACUAUUGAACGCAAUGCCUUCGAUGACCUCAAGUCCUUGGAAGAGCUCAACCUCUCUCACAAUAACUUGAUGUCCUUACCACAUGAUCUCUUCACUCCCUUGCAUCGCCUGGAGCGGGUCCAUCUCAAUCACAACCCUUGGCACUGCAAUUGUGAUGUGUUGUGGCUCAGUUGGUGGCUGAAGGAGACAGUGCCCAAUAACACCACCUGCUGCGCCCGCUGCCAUGCUCCACCAAACCUCAAAGGGCGGUAUAUCGGAGAACUGGAUCAAAGCCAUUUCACCUGCUAUGCCCCUGUUAUAGUAGAGCCUCCUACUGACCUUAAUGUAACAGAGGGGAUGGCGGCUGAGCUGAAAUGCCGGACAGGGACUUCCAUGACUUCGGUCAAUUGGCUGACACCCAAUGGAACGCUGAUGACACAUGGUUCCUACCGAGUGCGCAUCUCAGUCCUCCACGAUGGCACACUCAACUUCACCAAUGUGACCGUCCAGGAUACAGGGCAGUACACCUGCAUGGUGACCAAUUCAGCUGGCAACACCACUGCUUCGGCCACACUCAAUGUCUCAGCUGUAGACCCAGCCACCACAGGUUACACCUACUUCACAACAGUGACUGUGGAGACCAUGGACCCUGGUCAAGAUGAAGCAACCCCUGCUAAGAAAGAUCCUGGUCCAACACCAUCCCAAGGCUGGGGCAUGACUUAUUCCACCACCUCGCUGACACCACGCAGCACCCGUAGCACUGAAAAGCCGUUCACCAUCCCAAUCACUGACGUAACAGAGAAUGGCAUGAAGGACCUGGAUGAUGUCAUGAAAACCACCAAGAUCAUCAUUGGCUGCUUUGUGGCCAUCACCUUCAUGGCCGCCGUCAUGCUCAUUGUCUUCUACAAGCUCCGCAAACAGCACCAGCUUCACAAGCACCAUGGGCCCACGCGCACCAUCGAGAUCAUCAAUGUAGAAGAUGAGUUGCCUGCCGCGGCUGGGGGCCCUGGCGACAGCCACCUGGCACUCCCUGCAAUCGAGCAUGAUCAUCUCAACCAUUAUGCUGCUUUCAAGGCGCACUACAAUAACAACAGUGGCGGCGGACCCCUCACUUGCGGCUCCAAGAACCCCAUGCUUAAUUCCAUCCAUGAACCUCUCUUGUUCAAGAGCAGCUCUAAAGAGAACGUCCAAGAGACACAAAUAUGACGGCCAACAGACCCAGGCAACAGGGGGUAGUUGCGUGGUGGGAGGGUGGCAGUGUAUUCGUACGUGUAGUGGGGGAAAUGUUGAGGAACAGCUCCUCCUCCCCACAAAAAAGACACAGGUCUUUCCACCUCCGUGGCAGAUCUUGGAUGCUAAGCCCCCUAGCGGACACCAGUCCUCACCAACUUAGCCUUUUGUGUUCUCUUAUUUUGUUUUGUUUUGUUCACAGAACAAGGUACUACUUUCACCCUCACUUGACCUUCUUUCUUUUUCUUUCCCCUCUUUUUUUUUCUACCGUUCUCCCUUUACAUUGGAGACUUUUUUUAUACAGAUGGGGCUGUUUCUGUAUCCAACUACCUGCUGUAUUACUUUUAAAAAAAGAAAGAAGAAAAACAACGAAACAGAACAAAUAAGGAAGGAAGGAUCACUUGGAUUUGUUUUCUUUUGGCAUCAUGGGAAUAAACUUUAGGAAGAAAAAAGAAACCCAAACGAAAAGGGAGAGAGGGGGAAAAAAUCUUAUUUUGAGCCGCUUUCCGUCAAAAUUCUAUUUUCAUCCAAAUGGGAUAUACAAAAUAAAUUAAUUAAAUAAAGGGACGGAAGGUCAUGGUGGUGCCAGCCCCCCCUUUGGAGCACGUGGGGAUGCCAGGCGCACAGGGUUCGGGGGAAUUUUUUAUGACUAGUAUUAUUACUAUGGGAUGGCAGGCAUGGCCGGUGUGC